UGCUAAUGAAAUAUUGUUGAAUAUUUACAAUUUCAAUAUGUGUAUGGAAUUCAUCGCACAUAUUCGAAAUACUAUAGUCGUGGUGUUAUUUUUAGCCAUAACAUUAUGUUAUGGACGAGAACCUUUUAAGCCAACUGAAGGCUCAGUACCGUUUCUUGUAUACUUUGCAUCUCGUUACCGUGGUGUGUGUGUCGGGACUCUUUUAUCAAGGAGUUUGGUUAUAACGGCAGCUGUAUGCGUCACCAAUCCAACGACUGAGAUGCACGACUAUAGAUCCAUAACCAUCGUGACUGGUUCAUCCUACAGACAUCCACGACGUGGUAUUAAAGUACAAGUGUCAAAAAUUGUGCUGCCACGGAUAAACGAAACAUACGAAAUUGGAUACUUUGUAGAAAAAUCUCCGGCAUUUUUGAUACUCUAUCGCAAGGUUCCAGACAUUUUGACCGAAAUACCACCAAGAGGAAUUAAAAUAGACUACAAAGGAGAGAUACCAUUGUCUCUUCAUGAGGAAUGUCUAAUACCUGGAUGGCACUUCUUUUACAAAAAUGAUAAAAUAUUUUCAGGUAACAAGUUUCUUUUGCAAAGAAACUUGAGAGCCCAGUACGUGGAUAUCUCGAAACGAAGUGUAUGGUGCGAGACGCUGUCUUUAAAGUUUCAGCAAGCUAUUGUAAAUCUUGGUUACACAGGAUACUUCGAUAAAAAUGCUUGCAUAUGCGUACGAGAUACUGAAAGAAUAGCUCAGCCAUGUCAUGGAAUGUAUGGUGCACCACUAAUAUGUCAGGGUAAGGUUGUGGGCUUGAUGAUGGCUCCAGAUGCACAAUGGUCCAACUGCACUGGAUUCACUAACAUGAUUCAUUCAGUCAGUGCCGAGCAUUUAUGGGGCUUCAUGAAUUGUGUUAGCAGAUUAUUCGACCCCGAAUUCAAUUUAUCGUGGGACGAUCUAAAGAACUCACUCAAUGAAGAUAUGUACGGUAAUGAGUAUGAUUUUAUCCCGGCAGUGUACGACAAAGUGGUUGGCAGUUCCAGCACAAGUGAAGAAAAUUAAAGAAGAGAAUUUGUUUCAUUUUUAUUUAACAAUAGAAAAUUAUUUGAAGUGGUUGUUUAGUGAAAAUAACAAAAAUAUAAUAUUUAUAUUAAUA